AUGUCAUCAAGAUAUAGAGUUGAAUACCAACUAAAACAACACAAGAAAGAUGAAUUCAUAGAAUGGAUCAAAGCAUUAUUAGCCACCCCAUUUGUGCUACAUGCAGUCUCUCACAUAGAAGAAGAGGCUACCACUCAACGUGUCAGAACCCAAUAUGCAGACAUUUUCCAAGAUAUUGAAUCAUUAAUUCAACAUAAAAUAGAGUUCGAUAAUAAAAGAGGGUUACUAGAUGAGAAAGGUGAUUCCUCACAGAACCAAAAGUAUGAAUUUAUCGGUAAAUCAAGACUUAAUAGAUUAGUUCCAAGCAUUGGCCCCUUUUUUACACCACUUCCAUUGACAAGAGCCUUCUUAUGGGAAGAUGACAAAAGAGCUAUCUCUGAAAGGAGAAUGGUUUCUCCAAGUUUUAACGAUGUUAGACAUAUUCUAAAUACUGCACAGAUUUUCCAUUUUAUAUCUGCAAAAGAAAAUCACUCAGCAGAACAAUUAAAAUUAGUAACCUUUGAUGGUGAUGUAACGCUAUACGAAGACGGUGGUUCAAUUACAGAUAAUAACCCAGUAGUUCCAUUAAUUAUGAAACUACUGAAAAAUGAUAUUAGAGUAGGGAUUGUUACAGCUGCAGGUUAUGAUGAACCAGCAAAAUAUGUCGAAAGAUUAAAUGGAUUAAUUAAAGCAAUGUAUAAUUCAACAAUAUUAACUACAAGACAAAAGGAGAAUUUAACCGUCAUGGGAGGUGAAUCUAACUACCUAUUUCAAUAUCAUGAGGAUGAAUCAAAUAGAUUUGGCUUUCAGACUAUCGAAUGUGGGAAAUGGAUGCUAAAAGAUAUGCAAGAUUGGGAUCCCUUAUCAAUCGAACACACUUUAGACUUUGCAGAAAAAACAUUACAAACGUUAAGAACUAGACUAAGAUUACCCAAGGAAACUAUGAUUAUUCGUAAGGCACGAGCUGUUGGUUUAGUUCCUGGAGAAAUUCAAGACCCCAUAACUUCACAAAAGAGAAGAUUAUUAUUGUCUAGAGAACAAUUAGAAGAGGUUGUCUUGACCCUACAUCAAACAUUAAUGUCGUAUCCAAUGGCAAGGAAAAUCCAGUUUAGUUGUUUUGAUGGGGGAAGUGACGUUUGGUGCGAUAUCGGAGGUAAAGAUUUGGGUGUUACAAUUCUACAGAAGUUUUACGAUCCACAAAAUAUAAUUAAACCUUCAGAAACCUUACACGUUGGUGAUCAAUUUUCCCCAAUGAUUCAAGCUAAUGAUAUUAAAACAAGAUUAGCCGGUACAACUCUAUGGAUUGCUUCCCCAGCCGAGACUGUUGAUGCUUUAUCAAGAUUAGUAGAAGGAUUACAUGGCAAAGAUUAG